AAAGUGAAUUUGCAAAAAUGAUUAAGGCCGUGGCUGUUCUUGUCCUGCUGUGUGGAAUCAGUGCGGGCUAUUCAAUCCCUAUGCAAAAUGCUUUCAUGUACUACCAGCAACCAAUGGGCUAUAUGUAUCCUCGGCAAUCCAUGUAUGGAAUUCACUAUCAGAACCAGCAACUCAGGAAUCAAGGUCGUUCGGCUGGAGUGUCUGCCUUCGCUGCUGGAAACAACAUUGCUACCGGAACGUAUCUGAAAGAUUGCCAAAACACAGAUGAUGAAAGUGCUGCUCAGGACUCUAACGUGCAGUCUGUGGCCGAAGCAUACCCAGAAGAACAGUUCCCACUGGAAGACGUGCCUCAGGACGAACAGUUCCCAUUUGAACACGUGCCUCAGUAUGAUGUCCCUACUGUUCAUGAGGUAGAAGCAGAAGAACCCAUCGCUUAUGACCCAGUUGCUGCUGCUCCAGCUGUCCCAGCCGUGAUCCCAGACAAGAAGAAGAAGGUAACCGUUCAACUGGACUCUGACGAGGAAGAGGACCAGGACACUCCUCAGGUCAGUCGUCGCGGUGCUACUCCAAGUGUGUAUUUCCCUAUCAACUUCGGAAGCACUAGUGGUGCAGCCAUUGCUAUUUCCAACUCGUUCAGUACCGGUAAGGGAGGAUCGGCCGUUAGCACUGCAACCGCCUAUGGAAGCCCAGCAGCCGCUGAGCUGAGAAGAACUGCUCGAGUCCAACUGAAGAAAAGACCUGCCAAGCUGCGGGUUGGACAGUAUUAGAUUUCAAGUACCGCACUGUGCUAGUAGCUCAGUUUUUCAAGUGA